AUGGCCACCAACACAGAAACGCCAACAUACCCUCUCCCUCGCUAUGUCUUCAAGAUCUUGCCUUCGGCACCGCCCACACCCAUACCCUCCGCGCUGCCGCUAAGCGACCUAGAUCGGCAAGACGGCUUCAUUCACCUCUCCACAGCCGCUCAGGUGCCUACCACCGCAUCUCUGUUCUUCACCACGCACACCACACUCGCGCUGCUCAAAGUCGACACGCGUCCUACGCUCGAGCAGGGCGGCGUAUAUCGCUGGGUCAGCGAUCUCCCCGGUUGCCCUCAUCUGUACUCGCCACGCGAGGGCGAGUGGAUCGACUUGGGAAGCGACAACGUGAGUGACUGGAAGGAAGUGCGCAGGGAGGAGGGCCAGGAGUGGGAGGAUGCUUUGAAGCCGCUCAGUGAAGAGGGCUGGUUGGCCGAUGAAUAAACGGGAGGCCUCUUUACCUCAAUGCGAUUUGCACCGCACACCACCACUGUCUCAUUAUAAACAUGAACUCCUCGGGGGUGACUUAUCUACCGGACCACCCAUAUGACUAACUGGUCUAUUAUCACUCGAGUAUGAUCUAAUGCGGCAGCUGGCGC